GAGCGGUCCCACGGGCGGUGAGCGGAAGUGGCGGGUUGUCCGAUUGUUUUUCUGCCGGUUUCUGCCGCGGGUUUUUCUGAGGAAACUUUUAGUCUGAGGCCUCCUGGUGAACAUUGUCUUUGGCCGCCGCUUGGAACUAUUGUCUCAGCGCCGCAAGGCCCUUCCUUUUCCCCACACCUAUCCACGCCAACUCAGUUCGCGGCGCGGCCCAGCGUGUUGAGUAGCGGAAAGGCCGAGGCCUCUCGGCCUGGGCCAUGGAAUCGCCCGAGAAAGUCGACGUGAACCGGGCGAGCGCCGAAGAGUUGGCCACGGUGCUGUUCGGGGUCGGUAGGAAGAGGGCGAGAGCCAUCGUCAGGCGGAGAGAGGAAUUGAAAGGUUUCUCGUCGCUGGAUGAUCUUCUGGACAUCAAAGGCAUCACGUGCCACUUUCUGGAGAGGAAUGGCAACCUGCUGUUCUGCCAGAAGAAUAAAGAGAGCACAGAGACCAGCAUGGAAGGCCUGUUGAGCAGCUCCAACAGUAGCUUCUCUGAUGGAGGUGCAGUGGAAGAGGAGAGUGGAGUUGAUGGUGGCUGGCAAGAAGGAGAGAAUGAAGAAAUCGACGAGAGACAAGGUGACCUAAGUGACACAGCAGAAGGCAUUGAAGACGACUGUGGAGAGUCGUAUUAUUAUUUUGUUGCGGAUUUUGUUCAGGAAGCAGAAGGCAAAGGCCUGGUUCGGCGUGUGAAGCCCAAGAUGAAGCGAAAAUCAGAGAAUGGCCUUGACGUGCGAUCAUUGUCACCAGGAAAGAAAUUGUGCAAAGGAUCUGAAUACUCCAGUUCCCUCUCACCAUGCAUAAAUACUGCCACAACAUUUGGAGAUAUAAGGAAUGGCAACAUCCCAGGUCAACAUCGUCGGCGUAUUACAUCUGUAACACCUCCAACAGAUCUUCAGGAGUGGCUUGGCAUGUUCCAGAAAUGGAGUGGCCCCGAGAAGCUUCUGGCACUGGAUGAACUUAUUGAUCGCUGUGAGACUUCUCAGAUAAAGUACAUGAUGCAGGUCAUUGAACCGCAGUUCCAGCGGGACUUCAUCUCCCUCCUGCCUAAGGAGUUAGCACUGUACGUCCUGUCAUUUCUGGAGCCAAGGGACCUGCUGCGGGCAGCACAGACUUGUCGAUAUUGGCGCAUCCUGGCUGAGGAUAAUCUGCUCUGGAGAGAAAAGUGCAGAGAGGAAGUGAUUGAGGAGCCCCUGUACUUGCGGCGGCGUCGAAUGCUCAGUACAGGUUUCAUGUACAGUCCGUGGAAAUCGGCCUUCAUGCGGCAGCACAAAAUCGACACCAACUGGCGGUCCGGAGAGAUCAAACCUCCAAAGGUGUUGAAAGGUCAUGAUGACCAUGUCAUCACCUGUCUGCAGUUCUCAGGAAAUCGUAUUCUGAGCGGCUCAGAUGACAACACACUUAAAGUAUGGUCUGCAUUAACAGGCGAGUGUGUGCAGACUCUGGUUGGACACACGGGUGGAGUUUGGUCAUCGCAGAUGAGGGGGAGCAUCGUCAUUAGUGGUUCAACAGACCGCACCCUGAAAGUGUGGAAUGCAGAAACGGGCGAGUGUAUACACACGCUUUAUGGCCAUGCCUCCACUGUCCGGUGCAUGCACCUCCACGGCAACAAGGUAGUAAGUGGAUCAAGAGACGCUACUCUCAGAGUGUGGGACAUUGACACAGGGCGAUGUUUACACACGUUACUAGGACACGUGGCUGCUGUCCGCUGUGUACAGUAUGACGGGAAAAGGGUCGUGAGUGGUGCUUAUGACUACACUGUAAAAGUGUGGGAUCCAGUGACUGAGACCUGUGUGCACACUCUUCAGGGACAUACAAACAGAGUCUACUCGCUUCAGUACGAUGGCGUACAUAUUGUCAGCGGAUCCCUUGACACUUCGAUACGGGUGUGGGACGCAGAGAAUGGCAACUGUUUACACACGUUAAUGGGGCACCAGUCAUUAACCAGUGGUAUGGAGCUGAAGGACAACAUCCUGGUGUCUGGAAAUGCUGAUUCCACUGUGAAAAUCUGGGAUAUCAAGACAGGACAGUGUCUACAGACGUUACAAGGUCCGAACAAACAUCAGAGUGCAGUUACCUGCCUGCAGUUCAUCCAGAAGUUUGUUGUCACCAGCUCGGACGAUGGGACAGUUAAAUUAUGGGACCUCAAAACUGGCGAAUUCAUUCGCAAUCUGGUGGCACUUGAGAGUGGUGGCAGUGGCGGAGUUGUGUGGCGGCUCCGAGCUUCUAAGACAAAGCUAAUUUGUGCAGUGGGCAGUCGGAAUGGUACAGAGGAGACGAAGCUGCUGGUGCUGGACUUCGAUGUGGACAUGAAAUGAGGGUACUUUGUGAGCUGGUGUGCUGCUGCGCACUCCUGACCCCUGACCACAAGCAGCAAGCUGCAUCGACCUCCCUGCUGUCCAUUCCAGUUUGCCAAAGAAGACUUGACCUUGUGGAUCUGCAGCAACCCCAUAAGGGGUAGUGGUACCCCUCUGGAGCGGGACCAGCUGGUCUGCCGUUGCAAGCCUAUAGCACUCGUGCGGGGAGCAAUUUGGAAAAUACUUAAAGCACCUUAGAACUGAGCCAUCACAGGAUAUCCAUCUGUCUUGAAGAGGAGACACUUGGAGACACCUUAGAGACUUGCCAAAAUUGUUAGUAACAGAAACUUGUACAUAAAAUGGUUCUAUCUGUAUAUUAUAUAAAAGUGUAUCUAUGUGACAAUGAUGUAAAGCGUCCUUAACUAUGUCCGUAUAGUGAAAUUGUGUAGCAGUGUGUGGAAACUUGUGUGAGAGAGAGGAUGAUGGUAAGCAUGUGUGUGAGCAUAUAUGAGGUUUUCACUAUCACAAAGAGAUGUCCCCUGCCUUCCCACCUUCCCCACUCAUCUUGCAUAAACCUUUGGGAUUUAAGCAACAGCAUUAAGCUAUAAAUGCUGUGCUUUAUUGAAAAGAGAUGGGGAAAAAACUUUGAAAUAUAGAUUGGUUGGUGCUGCCUCUUUUGGUAAGAUGGCAUCACACAUGAUCACAACGUCCUCUUGGGGUCCAAACAAAGGUGUAAUUGUUCAUCCUUUAAGCCUGUUUUACAAUUGCAAGACAUUACUGGAUAUUAAGAACAUCAAGUGUUGCAGGUAUACCCCAAUAGCGAGUUGCUCAAUAGUGAUGGAGUUGUGUACCAUGUUGAUGUCCGAACUAAUUGCUUACCUUUGUUGUGUAGAGGCAGUGCAUGGUUCCCACAACUGUGCAAGUGAUUGUCUUAGGUGCUUUUCUUGUGAUCACAAGAAUACCUCAAAUCCAGUUCACUGGUUCAUUGGCAAGACCGAUGCUGCGUUGCCUCUAUUGUUUUGCAGACCAGACCCUCAUGCUGUGGUGCCACCUGUUGCAGACACCCUGAAGAACAGACACUGAGCAGAGUGGGAGAGGGGAGAGAGCUGAGGCCUCAGUGGGCAUGCUGGAAUCAUACUGAAUUAGGGAUAUUGCCCUCCAGCGUUUGCUUGGUGGAAGAUGAGCUAGAUCCUUGACCCUGGAGAAACACUGUUUCAUUUGGCUGUAUUCAUGUAUGGUCAAAUGACAAUGAAGCUUGAAUUGGAAACUAAUCCAUGUCCCCGGUGCAGACAGCCAGUGGCUCAGAUGUUUCAGACCUUUGCUACAGUCACAGAGAUACAGCAGGAUUCCACCCCCCCCACCCCACGCCACCCACCCCCAAAGCUGCUUUUAAGGAGUUUGUACUAUAUGUUCUCCCUGUGGUUGUGUGGGUUUUUUCCAGGUGCUCCAGUUUCCUCCCACAAUCCAAAGAUCCACAGCUGGUUUGG